AUCCCGUACACUCCCAAACUUUGGCAACAAGUCUCACGACGACACGUCCCGGCGCGCGCACCCCAUCACCAUGGCGACCGAGGACCUGCUGCAGCCGGGGCACGUGGUCAAGGAGAGGUGGAAGGUGGUUAAGAAGAUAGGCGGAGGUGGUUUCGGUGAAAUCUACGAGGGUCUGGACCUGGUUACCCAGGAGCAGGUGGCCCUGAAGGUGGAGUCAGCUCGACAGCCCAAACAGGUGCUGAAGAUGGAAGUGGCAGUCUUGAAGAAAUUGCAAGGUAAAGAGCACGUAUGCCGGUUUAUCGGCUGUGGAAGAAACGCCCGGUUCAAUUACGUGGUGAUGCAGCUUCAGGGUCGGAACCUUGCAGAACUGAGACGGGCCCAGCCCCGGGGAGCGUUCUCCCUCUCCACCACACUCAGGCUCGGUCUUCAGAUAUUAAAAGCAAUCGAUUCAAUACACUCUGUGGGAUUUCUACACAGAGAUAUCAAACCUAGUAAUUUCAGCAUUGGUCGUCACCCAUCUAACUGUCGCAAGGUCUACAUGCUGGAUUUCGGCCUGGCCAGACAGUAUACGACUAGCAACGGGCAAGUUAGACCGCCUCGUGCCGCUGCUGGUUUCAGAGGCACAGUCCGUUAUGCGUCUAUCAACGCCCAUAAAAACAAGGAGAUGGGUCGCCACGAUGACUUGUGGUCGCUGUUCUAUAUGCUCGUGGAGUUUGUCAACGGUCAGCUGCCUUGGAGGAAGAUUAAGGAUAAGGAACAGGUGGGGCUGAUGAAGGAGAAGUACGACCACCGGCUGCUGCUGAAGCACCUGCCGUCCGAGCUGCGGCAGUUCCUGGAGCACGUGCAGGCGCUGGAGUACGCGGACGCGCCGGACUACGGGCUGCUGGCCGCGCUGCUGGAGCGCUGCUGCAAGCGGCGCGGCGUGCGCGACCACGACCCCUACGACUGGGAGAAGGAGUACGCGGACGCGCCGGACUACGGGCUGCUGGCCGCGCUGCUGGAGCGCUGCUGCAAGCGGCGCGGCGUGCGCGACCACGACCCCUACGACUGGGAGAAGGAGUACGCGGACGCGCCGGACUACGGGCUGCUGGCCGCGCUGCUGGAGCGCUGCUGCAAGCGGCGCGGCGUGCGCGACCACGACCCCUACGACUGGGAGAAGGAGUACGCGGACGCGCCGGACUACGGGCUGCUGGCCGCGCUGCUGGAGCGCUGCUGCAAGCGGCGCGGCGUGCGCGACCACGACCCCUACGACUGGGAGAAGGAGUACGCGGACGCGCCGGACUACGGGCUGCUGGCCGCGCUGCUGGAGCGCUGCUGCAAGCGGCGCGGCGUGCGCGACCACGACCCCUACGACUGGGAGAAGGAGUACGCGGACGCGCCGGACUACGGGCUGCUGGCCGCGCUGCUGGAGCGCUGCUGCAAGCGGCGCGGCGUGCGCGACCACGACCCCUACGACUGGGAGAAGGAGUACGCGGACGCGCCGGACUACGGGCUGCUGGCCGCGCUGCUGGAGCGCUGCUGCAAGCGGCGCGGCGUGCGCGACCACGACCCCUACGACUGGGAGAAGGAGUACGCGGACGCGCCGGACUACGGGCUGCUGGCCGCGCUGCUGGAGCGCUGCUGCAAGCGGCGCGGCGUGCGCGACCACGACCCCUACGACUGGGAGAAGGAGAGUGUUCCCGCAAGUCGGACACGUGCCGUGCUCGCGACGGGAACCGAACACCAACCCUCUCCCGAUCACCAACCUGAUAGAACGCGUCGGCGGCUCGAAACCGAAGCGACCACAGCGGUGGCAACGGACACACAGACAAACUUACAGAAAGAGAAGGCGGCCGAGAAGCGCCAACCCGCCUCGCCGAGACACGGGCCCCUCCACGUCAACGGAUAUUCAAAUACGGAUAAACCGACGCCGGAGAAGGAGGCCGAGGUCAGGACAACGCCAGCGCCAUCUCCCGACCGACACGCUAAGGAAACAAGUAAUUCAGCAGUGACUGGAACGCCUGCAAGCAGGCCGGAGAGGCAGAGUGUCCCUCCUUGUAAACCUCGAGCUCCUCAACCGGGCGGGCCCACGCUGCUGCGCCUGCGCGUGGUCACGGCGCCGCCCACCUGCGUGCAGGAGCUGGCCACGCCCCCCACCCACACCGGUGAUGCGAGCAGUCCUCGUAUUGGUGCCGACGUGGACAGCGUCCACUCUGACACACAUUUCAAGAGAGGAGCUCGGCGCACUGCUCGUGCUCGUGCCGAUCAGAGUUACACUCAGUUUGCGGUUAUGGACGAUGAAAAUGUAUCCGCCUUACAACAGGUGACAAAAGGCGGUGCUCUAACUUUAGUCUCGCUGUGGAAGUCACAGUUCGAUGACUCUGAGGAGACGACGGACAACGAGUGGAAACAGGAGCAAUUACAGUCGCCCGAACACCGCAACGCUCGAGUGACGUCAGCGGUGUCAAGUUGCUCGAACGCGCCGCGCACACAGCUGCCUCUCACACAGACACAACACACACACACGCAACAGACACAACCAACACAACAAACACAACCGACACAAGCGCAGAAUACUCAGAGUCCGAGAGUGUCGCCGUUGGUCAACGUGCCUAAUGAGUCAGAAAAACCGGAGAAGAGUGAAAAACCGGAAGUAGCUGAGAAGCCACCGGCUACUAAAAGUAUAAAGUGUUGUCUACAUAGUGCCGGGAUAGACGCUUUCCCGCGACUCCAGCCAGCUUUGCCCCGAAGUUGGACCUUGCCUGCGAUAGGUAGUCGGGUGCGUUCGCUGAGACCUCCACUACUACAGCAGGCGUCGUUCGAUGACGGAGCGGGGGGAGCGCUGCGGUACCGACUCGACGUCAUGCGGGGGGUCGCGGCGAGGGACCCCCCCGAGCAGCCCGAGCCCUCUGACCCCCCUGCUCCACAGACACGGCCCCGAGCCGGGAGCUUACCUAGUCUAUCCCGAUCGUCCAGUGUUUCCCAACCCGUGGCGAAGCCUCCCCCCGAGGCGACGGUGUCCAGUCGCCUGGAGAUCCGCGUGCGACCCCCCGACAGCGCCUCGCCCAUGCACUCCGUUAAGAUUCAUUCCGUGGUCAGCGGUGGUGAGGUGAGGUUGAACCAUGAAGAAGCGUCCGUGUACUACGAUGCCACUGAACACCAGAGAGACAAACGGUCUUCUACUAGAAGCGGGGAGAAGAGUCAGAGUCCGGCUGUGGAAAGAACGCGGUUAGACGCCAUACCUGAUAGGUAAUUUACAUCCGUCAUCAGGCGGGAGAAUCCAGGCGGAGACGGGUCACAGAGCUUAAGAGAUCGGUCUUCCGGCAGCGGGUCUCGCAUCCCGGUCGCGAGUGCGACACGAAGCGAGCUGAGUGCUGGUGACCACCGCCUGGCCAAGUGUGCCUCCUGGAGCGGAGAUGCGCCCGACCCCCCCCACGCGGACCUCACUCCCGCGUUGAGAAGACGGAGACAAAAUGCAAACGACAAGUACGCAUUGGACCCCGCGCGGGAACUGAAUCUACGAUUCGCAAGGCCACGGCACCGACAGCAGCCACCACACAAUAGCGCUACAACCCGUUGCCGCAGCGCCGCCCCGGUAACAUCGGGGGCGUCAUCGUCGUCGUCGGGAUCGCCGCCCCCCGCCCCGCCCAGCGCUCCGCCCUCGGCCCCGCCCACCGCGCCGCCCCCCGCCCACAACGCGGCCCGGGCCCGUCGCUUCAGGCCCGCAGCGAGAGAUGACGAUGUGCCCCCUCCGGUGUAUGGGGCUGUUGGUGAGAUACUUUUUAAUAAUUUAAACUCGGUUAGAAAAAAUUCUUAAAUAUAGUUAUUUCAUAUGUUACGUCAGAA